CAAGUUUCGUUACCGUUAAACAUUGGUCUCGAUGAUGUUCGUUUGAAAGCCGACCCUAGUGAAUCUGUCAACCUGACCUGUGUGGCUAGUUACAGCCGUCGACAACCCUCUGGGUAUAGUUGGAGCAGAGAUGGAACGGGGCUGUCUGACACAACCUCCUCUCUUACCAUACCAUCCAACAGUGCCAGUAAUAUCUACAGUAACUCUUGUGCAAGAAAGCUCCUUUCAGCCAGUGAAGUCCAGUGUAAUUCAACCUAUCAAUGCUCUACGUCACUUUCUGGAAUACAAGGCAGACAUCUGACCACUGCAAAUGUUAUAGUGUCCUUAAGUAAGCAACACUUUGUGCGUACCUUGGAGCCCCUUUUUGCUCGUUAUUGUGUAUGUGAAAAUUAAUUUAAUAUUCGUGAACACGCAGUUUUCUGUAACUAGCAUAAUUUAAUUCCUUUAUAAGGACACGAAAAUAUUGCAUUCCAACAAUACAUGAAAGUAAACGGUAUUAGGUGAAAGAAGCACUUUCUAAAAAAAACCCUCAACUUUUAACGUAUUCUUAGCGUGUGACGUAUUUUUCUAAAAAAAAUAUUUUCCCUUUUUUUCAGUGUGCACGUUUGUUUAUUCGUUGAUUUCGUCACUUGUUUAACGGUUUAAGGGCUGAGUAUUGCUUAACCUUAUAAAUUAGGCUCAUUAAGAGGCACAUUUUUGCUGUUUUUAGAGAAACCAGGCCAGCCAGCUGUUCAAGUUAAUCCAAGUGACGUUAAAGCAAGAUCAACAUUAGUCACAUGGUCGUAUAGUCCUGGUGUGGAUGAAAUGCCUGUUACUGCCUACAAUCUUGAGUAUCGAAAUAGUACCUCUAUAGACGAUAUGUCUUUGGGAGCUGUAUUAAGAAAACAGAUUAUCAACCUCAAGCCAUACACAGCCUACAGUGUUAGGUUGAUAGCCACAAGUGGCUUAGGAAAGGGUCUGUGGAGCAAUUUCCGGAAUUUCACAACCAAUACUGCCAGUAAGUGAUGAUGCAAAUUAGAUGCAGUGCUAAUAGAGGAUAUUACAUGGCCGCGCGGAGAUACGAAAUUUCUCCUCGAGUGUUGAAAAAUAUUUCACGAGUGAGCGUAGCGGACGAGUGAAACAUUUUUUCAACAUGAGAAGAGAAAUUUUGUAUCUCCAAGAGGCUAUGUAAUGUUCUAUUUAUUAUAUAAACACCAAUAAAAUACCAAACCAUUUCACUUUAACAGGUUUUUGAUGUGAAAGGCGCGAUUUAUUAUGUAGCCAUAGCAAAGGUGAUAUUUUCACAUGUGAACAUAACAUGUUAUUUUCACAUGUGAAGAUAGCAAGUUUUCGCGCGCAAGCUCACCUGGUAUUUCAUUUGUGUUUAUAUAAUAAAGAAUGAUAAUUUAUAUAAUACGUUAUUUUUCCAAAAUUUUGACCACUAUAUCGUUGUAGCGGUCCCACUCAGUCGGGUAAGAAAUAUUGACUACUGCUCAACAUAUAAUCGAUAUUUUCAGAUUUUUAUUUUCACUAAAAUCUGAAGAACUGUGACAGAUGAUCAUGAAGGUGUGUAAGCAAACUGAUUCAUUGAUUUUUCAUGUAAUAAUCACAGGCGUCCGGUCAUAGGGCAGAGCUAUUCUGAUUGAGUAUUAAUCUAUCUAAACUUUACUUGUUACUUUUCCUUUUUAGAGCCUGAAGUCGAUGUCCAGAUCGUGAGUGUAACAAGUCCUACUUCGCAGUCAAUUCUAGUGAAAUGGCAGGUAAACAUCAGAUUUAUUUUUACAAAA